CUCCCAGGCGUACCCUGUCCGCUCGACUACCUUCCGAACCGCAGAUGAAACAGAGAUGUUCGGACUCGAGUUGAUUAUGCCCCGGCAUAUCUGGGGAAGCAAUUCAGCUGCCGCUGGCUUUGGGAGACGGGUAGUACGGAACGCAAGAGCGUAGUCUCGUCUGGAGGGGUCAGCGUCGGAUGGUGCAAUCCAUAGCUUGUCAGAGGGAGAAAGGGUCCGGUUUAUUGAGGUGAUGUGGAGCGCACGCUUAGGGAGUACAUGAUAGAGAGGAGUAGUCCUUGGGAAAGGGAUGGAUUUUAGCAUGAGUUUUGAUUCAAGGGGGUUAUAGAGGAAAUGUGUGUUUUAUUGCGAUUGUCGUGGUUGGGGAAUGUGAGGGGAGUGAAUUUUGGUUUUUUUUCGAGAACGUUACUAAUAUAGUGGCUCGGUGAAACGUUAAUCCAGUAAUGGACACGCAUUUGCUUACGGAGUAUGAUAUCAUAUCGUGCGGUACUCGAGCGCUGCGAGAGAAGCAGGUAGACUAUCAUAUAAUCUUGACGACACAAGAGACAUUCCCCGAGUCUCCGGUCUCAACACUGGCUUUUAGUAUGCACGAAUCAUAUGAUAACAUCAGUGGAGAGUGAGGAAGACUCCGUAAAAAUUUUUUUGAUAGGCUAACCCAAAAAUCUACAUAGCUAUAUGUCAGGUUAGAGGGUUAGGGGAAAUUUUCCGCAAAAUAUCAAGGUCGCAGCUCUGAGGGGGAAGUUCGGAAUCCGUGCCGGCAUUGCCAAUUUUUACAAGUACAAUCGUACCUAUUUGUAC